AUGGAAUUCCCAUAUAUGCGAGUGUUCAUUGCUCUUUUUGUUUACCGUUAUCUUCGCCUUAUUGUGAACCUUGUAUCGUUCUGGACUUUUAAGCCCAUUCUCCCACCAGAGAACCCGAGAUUGACCGCACAAGAUGUGACUGUCAUCCUUCCUACUCUCGAGGGUUGCGGUGAUGAGUUGGUUGAGACAAUCAGAACAAUUCUUGACAAUCAUCCUUAUGAGCUCCUGUUAGUGACCAUCGAAGCAAAUCGGAAGAGAGCUGAGAAAAUGUUGAGCUUGAUGCCUGCUUCAAAAUCGAGAAUCCGGCUUUUUACGGUCACGCACCCCAAUAAACGCCGCCAGAUGACGAGGGCCAUUCCAGAGGUCCGUACGCCUAUUACUAUUUUCGCUGAUGAUGAUGUGAGCUGGCCGAACACAGUACUUCCAUGGAUUCUGGCACCAUUCGAGAAGGAUGAGCGAUACGGAGGUGUAGUGACCUGCCAAAGGCUUCGUCGUGCUGCAGCACCAACAUUCUCCCAGAGGAUUUGGGGGUUUUUAGGAGCUCUUUACUUAGAGAGAAGAAACUUUGAUUGCGCGGCCACGACGCAUGUUGAUGGAGGUCUUCCCUGUAUGUCGGGGCGAACUGUGGCGUAUAGGACGGACAUUUUGCAAGAUGAGGGCUUUACUUAUGCUUUCACAAAUGAGGAAUGGUGGUUUGGCAGAUAUCAACUGAAUGCCGACGACGACAACUUCAUUACACGUUGGAUGGUGUCACAUGGCUGGGAGACCUUUAUGCAGUACCAUCCCGAAGCUGAAGUCCUGACUACCUUGGAAGAUAACCCCAAAUUUUUGAAGCAAUGCGCGCGAUGGUCUCGGAGCAAUUGGAGGAGCAACCUUACUAGUAUGUUCCAUGAAAAACAUAUCUGGUAUCGCCAGCCAUGGAGCGCAUACGCUGUCCAUCUGACCACUUUGUCACCUCCGGCCCUCUUAGGCGACUUGCUACUCGUCCUCCUGUGCCACAAAGCCACGACCUCCUGGGAGGAAGAUUCACACGCACUCGCCAUGCAAACCCUCGGGGUAUGGAUGUUUGUGAGCAAAUUCAUCAAGCUUUUGGGGCAUUAUAUCCGAUACCCCGUCGACUUCUUACUCUUACCUGUGUCUAUCCUCUUUGGGUAUUUCCACGGAGGAAUAAAGAUGUACGCAGUGAUGACUCUCAACGUGACCACAUGGGGUAGCAGAGAUGGUGCCGACGAUUACGACGCUGAGCCCCAUGGCCCUCCUCCGAAGGCUCCCUCCGCCGCCCCAAAGUACAAUGAACUCACGAGACAACAAGAUGGCAAUGAGCUACACACUCGAACGGCAAAGCCGCCACCUCUCAAAAAGAGGUUCUGGAAGAGUGUUGAUAUUAAGAUGAAGCCAGAAGGAGAUUACCAAGUCCUGCUAGACACCAGGCCUGUUCGAACCCCCGCAAAAGAUGUCCUCUAUAUCCCGCCAACAAAGCCUCACCUUGCACAUUUGAUCGCUCUAGAAUGGGAUGUCAUGACCUCGGCCCAGCAAGCUUUGAAAAAUCAUAUGAUUCCACUAACUUCUCUCGCUGCGCGAGCCGCGGACAUUGCCCGAGAAGAUGCGAACGGCGAGACGAUUACAAGAGGCCAAAUUGUGAAAACUGCAAUGCGCUAUCUAGAGACAGAUACCUUACUUUGUUGGGUGCCGGAGAAGAAUGACUACAGCGUUGAGGAAGAAGUUGACGAGCAUGAUCGGAGACCAGAAAGUCUCCGAGAGGCCCAGAUGAGAGUUGCGAAAAAUGUAAUCUCUUUUUUAAGCACCAUGGUGUGGCCUGGUAUUGAGAUUAGACCCAUUUUGGAUUCUGAGAGUAUCCUGCCGGUGUCGCAAACUCAAGCCACGAAUGAUAUUAUUGAACAAUGGAUUUUCGGCCUACAAGCGCACGAUUUAGCUGCUCUUGAAAGGGGUAUUCUUGCUUCAAAGAGUUUACUGGUGGCUGUGAGGCUGGUAUCGGAGUGGAGUGAAAACUUACGCCAUGUACAACGACCGAACCAGAAGAAAUUCGGCAUCGAAGAAGCGGCUGAAGCGUCCAGCUUGGAGGUAAAGUGGCAAACAGAUAUGUGGGGUGAGGUUGAGGAUACACAUGAUGUUGAUAAGGAGGAUUUGAAGCGACAACUUGGUAGUGUCAUUGUCUUGGUGAGCGGAGUGACGAAGUGA